ACCUCAAAUUAGAUUCCAUUAGGUCAAUCCGACCGGAAGCAAAUAAUACGUGGUAGAUACUGACAUGGCAAGAGACAGCUGUUUGGCUCGCGUCACUGCCGGCGUUUCCGUCGGAGGAGCUGUUGGCGGCGCCGUUGGUGCUGUUUACGGUACUUAUGAGGCUAUUAGAUACAAGGUCCCGGGACUUCUCAAGAUUAGAUAUAUUGGGCAAACAACUCUCGGUAGUGCUGCGAUUUUCGGUCUUUUUUUGGGUGCUGGAAGCUUGAUACAUUGUGGGAAAUCACACUGACUAUUCUUUGUUUGCCUUAUAACCUUGAGAUUAUAUUCUUUGGAUGAUGCUAGCAUAGUUUUUAGAUGGAAGGUGUAAAAUGCUUUUGCGUAACCUUUGGUUUUGUUUUUUUUCAGUUUCCAUGAAUCUUGCCCUAGAGUGGGUGAAAAUUUGAAAAUCAAUUACUUCAA